AUGAACUUCGCCAUUAUUCCUAUUGUCAUAUUCUCGGUUCCUUUGAUGGUAUUCCUGGCGUAUUGGACAUCUUCUUUACGACCGAACUUGAACUCUGAGUCAUGGCUUGUGAGUGGUGCAACAGUACUACUUAGGAGGACAAUGGAAAUCAUUGCGGAGCAGAAUGCUGAGAUUGAUAGACAGAACAGGCUGGAGCUAACGAAACACAUGACUAUUACCGGUGGAUACGAAGGAAUAACGUCAACUGGCCAACUUCUUCUCAAUGUGGCAAGGUUGUCUAUGGCUUCAUCUCAACAGCAGCCGCCUCCUACAACAUCGCACUCAAUACCACCUCUCACCUCACCGCAGAUUGUGGUCAUCCCAUCGGGAAAUGACACUGAUGACAGCACAAAGAAUCCUGAAGCUUCUUCACCUCGAGGGAGCAUAUCAACUAUACAAGUACCUGCACCACAGCUGCUUAGUGUUUCUAAAGCGACUGGUGCACGCAAGCAUAAUCGCCGGCAAUCUUCAGUAGAAGAUAUAAAACAAGCAAGGAGAGUUCGAGGAUCCCGAUCACAUUCGCAAGCAAAGCCAUGGAAAGCAGGCAGCCUUAUGCUUGGUGGCUUUAGCCGUAGAAAUUGA